UUUCCCCAGUUAAAAACCCGAUCUCGACCAGCUGAGGCAGACUUUUCAGUGCUGCUACCAUGGGGUGGCUUGGGUUAGCGUUCGCUGCCCUUACCUGCGGAGUCUUCCUGGGUCCGGCCCGGGGCUCGAGGGUCCCUAGCCGUUCGUGCAUACGCCCGUCCCAUUCGGACACAACUGUCUACAAUUUUACCCUGCCCGAUCUGCUCGAGACACGCAACAUCAGCUUGUCCGAGUACGAGGGCAAGAUCCUUCUGUUGGUCAAUGUGGCCACCUACUGAGGUUUCACCUGGCACUACUCACAACUGAAUGCACUCACCACCAAUUAUAAAGAGAAUGGGUUCGACAUCCUCGGAUUCCCAUGUAAUCAAUUUGGUAAACAAGAGCCAGGUGGAAACGGACAAGAAAUUAUGAACGGAAUCCGCUAUGUGAGACCAGGCAACGGAUUCCUUCCCAAUUUCCCUAUCUUCAAGAAAAUCGAUGUGAACGGAGAGACAGAACAUCCUCUCUACACUUUCCUCAAGGAAUAUUGUCCGCCAACUCGUGAUGAGUUCGCCGACCAAACGAAGUUAUUCUACACUCCGAUGAAGAAUCGCGACAUCCGUUGGAAUUUCGAGAAAAUUUUGGUGGACCGUACGGGAAUGCCUGUGAUGAGGUAUGACCCCUCUGUGAAACCGGAAGACAUUGCGAAAGACAUCGACUACUUAGUAUCGCAAAGUUAACAGAGUCAAGAACCAAACGUCCGUUACUUAAACAAUAAUUGUGGAAAUGAUUUUCACUUAUAUUCUUCAAUGUUUUAUAAUGUUUAUUGAUUUUAAUUUCCAAGCUCGGGCUCUUGAUGCAAUUAUAUACAUGGCUUUUACUUCAAAAGUUUUAAUUUUUGAAAUCUGUUGUUUUCAAACAAUAAAAUGCCUGAUGAUAUCUGCGCAAUUAUAUUUUAGAUGCCUUUAAUUAUAUUUGUGAUCUUCUGUAUAUCGACAUUCAAAUAUAAGAUAAGAUUUAAAGAUUUUUUAAUUCUUAAAAUGUCGGCUUGCAAUCGAAUUUUACAGACACUUUCAGAAAAGAGAGAAUUCAUUUUUAAAAAAACAAGUUAGAUUAGAGAACUUGGUACUGCACAGUCGCCAAGUGCCAAGUAGUUGCCAAAUUGGCGACUCUUCUGGCACUCAUUAUGAAGACCAUCAUCAUAUAAGCUGAAAUGUAAUACCAAAUUUGGUGAAUCAUCGCUUGAAAAAAUUCAAGUUUGAUGUUGAUUUGACGACUCUAGUACCGUGUUCUAAAUUGAUCCAAGAAGUCAUGCCUGUAAUUCCAACAAGAGCCUGAAUAUUAAUUAUUAUUUAAUUCAGUUAUUUCUAAGUCAUAUUUUUAUGUAUAAGCUUAAUAUAUUUUUUUUUAUGUAAAGAAUUUUCUGGCUUGUAAUAUAAACCAGAAUAUCUGUAUUUUAUUCUAAUGUACGUGACAAAAUUUUUAUUCUUUCCUUUCUAAAACUGUUUCCACCUGUAAUAUAAAACUAUGGGACACACUUAUCUUUUAAUUCUUGUAAACUUGGUGUUGCAAGUCUUGAAAUUUUGCAUGUAUUUCCUAUGUAUAUCAUUUGUUGCAUCUACGUUGACUUAAUUUAGACAUCCGAUCCUAAUUCAUGAAGAGCAUGCCUUAAACCUUCGGUGGCUUGCUUGGAGGAGUUUGAAAGCUCAUGGAUUGGUCUUCUAGUGCAUUCAGCCAAGCAUGAGCUGGAAAACAUAGGAUGCAGGAUAUUAAAUUAUUUUAAUGCAGAUCAAACUGUAAUGUUUACGUAAGAUUUACAUGACAAAAUGUUGUGUCAAAAAUAAACUUGUUUUACCAAUUGAA